AUGCAUAUAAAUACUUCUGUUUACCAUUUAAGCGGGAAGAACUAUGAAAAUGGGGCAAUGCUAAGCUUAGCAUUGACUUCAGUUUCAAGAAAUAUACUUAUUUCGCAUGCAAACUUUCAAAAAUCGUUUAGUUCAUUUUUUCAUGCAUCAAAUUCGAAUUUUAAUCUCGAAUUGACUCACUCCCGUUUCAAGAAAUUCCUUUCCUCCACAAUUAAAGUCGUUUCGGAUAAAUACGCUUUACUCGACACGAGAUCACGUGUAGUUUUUACCAGAAAGUUUGAUAUUUUCAUGAAUGAUUGUUCUUUCACAGAAUGCACUGCACAAGGACUCGGUGUUGAUGGCCAUGGCGGCGCUAUUUGCAUAUUUGUUCCUGUAGAAGGCUUAUUUGACCUCAAUCUUGAGAGAAUCAACUUUUACAAGUGCUACGCCAAGUCUAGUGGUGGCAGUCUAUUCACAUUUACCAAGUUAUUUAAAUCUGUUGUCGUUUGUUUUACUGAAUCAUUUGCAGCUAAAAACACAAUCGCGUAUGUUCAGUCAAAUCAAAUAAUAAUGAACAAUUCCUUCUGCAAUAAUAACAAAUAUAUCGAUCAAUUCAAUCCAUCUUCAACAACUUUUGGAUUUCGUGGGGAAACAAUUACUCAACAAGAAAUGAACAUGUCACAAUCAGUCACUGACAUGGGAUUUUCGUGUUUCCAUCUCAAUGGAUAUAAUUUAUUCACUUCAAAUUAUAAUAUUUUUCAUAGCUGCUCAUCAGAGUCCGCAAUUAACAGUCACAGUAUCGGAAAGCCUGCAACAUUACUCCAGAAUACAAUGUUUAUCAAUGAUACCUACAAAUCUGUUUUCAUUUCGACAGAUGUUCCAAUUUCAAUACAACAAACGUGUUUCGCUAUAACAUCGAACAGAAUUAUAGCAAGUAGUGAUGUUGCACUCCUCUCAUUCAGGAAUUGUUACUUUAAUGGCACAGAAAACGAUUGGAAUCUUUAUCUUAGCGGUGUUCAAACUGAAAGUAACAUAUUUGGAUCCAAUAUUCUUGAUUAUACCCAGAUAUCACUAUACGAUGCACAAGCUGGCUGCAGAGAUCAUGAAAUGAACUUUAAAUACAAAAAGGAUGCAGAAGCAGCCAAAGACGAUGUAGAAUCACCUAGUUUUGCUAAAAUUGUAGUUAAACUAUUACCAACAAUCAUAGGUUUAGCGCUUAUUUUCGUAAUUGUUAUUAUGAUCAUGCGCAAGAAGAAGAAAAUCCUUCAGAAACCACCAACAAUCUUUUCAAAAUAG